GGGCAAGUAUCGGCAAAUCACCCAUCACUAAAAAUAUCAUAUGUUUCAUAACUUUAUAUUAUUUUAUUCAUCGAAAAAUUGUUAAUCUUGUUAAGAAUGGCGCAAAGUAGAUUGGAAAAAAUUGGAACAAUAUUCACUAGAGUGAAUGGUUUGAUAAAAGCCGGUGCCAUGAGAUUCGAAGACAGACCCAUUUGGUAUGAUUUGUACACAGCUUAUCCACCAAAACUGGAACCGCGCUAUGAUCGACCUGCUCCCGAUAUAAAAAUUAAGAACAUAUUUUAUGCCGAAGAUGUAAUAAGAGCGAAAUACCACAAGUCGGAAAGGCACGAAACACUAAAUUUGUUGGAUGCAAGGCGCAAGACGCAAUCGCAAAAUUUUAUACAAAUCUAUGAAAAUUUAAAAGAACAAAAUCCCUUAGAUGAAGAAAAAAUUUUCGACACUGCUGUAGAAAUGUUGGCGGAACAAACAAGAAAAAGUCCAGAGGCAAAAGAUGAAUCCACAAUCAGCUUAUCGAGUAAUUUUGCAGAUAGCUUAAAUAAAGAAGAUCGCAAUAAGCCAAAUGUUAAUAUUAAAAAAAUAUUCGAAGAAUAAAAGAUAAUUUUUUAACGUAUUUAUUUGCUCAAAAUUUAUGAAUAUAAUGUUACACCGCUAAUGCAUCA